AUGAAGAAGACAGGGCCCGUAAUGAUAUUUGAACAAAUUGGUCGCCUUGCUGAUGCCGUGGAGACAAGAAGUAGAAAUAUUGAAAUAGCUAGAAAAGAGAAUAGUAUUGCCGAAGUUAUGAAAAUGUUAAAUUCUUUGCCUGAAAUCGAGAAAGGGAGCAGCUUGUAUUUAUUUGCAACACGCUUGUUUAUCAUGAAAGAGAAGAGAGAGAUGUUUGCUUCAUUGGAAGAACCUGAGUUAAUGCUUACUUGGCUCAAGAAUGAACUUGGUGAUAAUUUUAAAUUAGAAAUAAUGGCAGACACUGAUGAGGAGAUUGAGUUACAAUCGGCGUAUCUAGCUACAUAUCUAGUUCAACAUUAUUAUACAACAUACAUUGAAAAGACUCCUUGUAUGAAUUCUUCUCAAACUGGUCAUAUGUGGUUGAUGGAAAUAUUACAAGGAAAUGAAAGUAGAUGUCAUAGAAUGUUUAGGAUGGAGAAGGGUGUUUUCAUUAAAUUAUGCAAUGAAUUGGAAGCUAAUUAUGGAUUUAAGGGUUCGAAGAGAAUGUGUGCUCUUGAAAUAUUAGGCAUGUUUUUAUUUACAUUAGGUCACGGUGCUGGAAACCGGUUGACACAAGAGCGAUUCCAGCACUCAGGCGAGACAGUUAGUCGAUAUUUCAAUAAGGUUUUAGAUGUUUUAUGUCAUAUGAGUGUAGAUGUAUUAAAACCUCCAGACCCAGACUUUAAAGAUGUUCCUGAAGAGAUAUUGAGAGAUUCUAGAUACAUGCCUCAUUUUAAGAAUUGUAUUGGCGCAAUAGAUGGUGUACAUGUGAAUGCCGUAAUUCCUCCUGAAGAUCAAGUACCGUUUGUUGGAAAAUAUUAUUUAGUAGACGCGGGAUACCCACAAAUUACAGGUUUUUUAGGACCAUAUAAAGGCCAAAGAUACCAUCUUCCACAAUUUCAACGAGGUAGCAAACCUACUGGCUAUAAAGAGGUAUUCAACCAGGCACAUUCUUCUCUUCGAAGUGUUAUUGAAAGAACUUUUGGAGUAUGGAAGAAGAGAUGGAAAAUAUUAAGAGAUAUGCCUAGUUAUCCAUACCAGAAGCAAGUAAAAAUAGUGAUUGCAUCAAUGGCCUUGCAUAAUUACAUUCGAAGGCAUGCAAAACGUGAUCGAUAUUUUGAGAAAAUUAGAGACAAUCCAGAUUAUUGUGCAAAUAAUCAAACGAAUAUUGAAGAUGAAGAUGAGACCAUUACAACUUCAAAUUUAAAUGAAAUGGACAAUAUCAGAGAUAUGAUUGCUGCAAGUUUAAUGGGACAUAAUUAA